AUGAACCAGAGAUUAAGAUCAAACGAUUUAUCAACAACAUCAGAUAGUUCAUCAGGAAUUCUUGAUGAAAAAGUUCUCUAUUUAGUCUCUCAAUCAAUCAAUUGGGAUCCACACAUUCUAUGUUUAAUGGCAUGUGUUUGUCGGAAAGUAAGCGCCGUCGCGAAAAGAGUACUAUGGAGAGAAUUAUGCAUAUCACGAGCACCUCGUAUGGUCGAAGGAAUGGCGCCGGCGAAUGGAAGAUUGAAUGGUGGUUGGGACUCACUAGCUAAGAUUUUAUUCUACUGUUGUGGCGGGAAACCCAGUCCAAACUUCCAAGUGGAACAAGUCCUGAAAGGUCAUUUCGCCAGUGCUUCUCGGUUUUCCAAGACUUCUGGUCAGAGUUUCUUGAUCAAAAAAUGUCAAACUGAUGUAUUGUACAUUUGCGAUCCUUGUGAACAUGGUACUGGUAAUAUUAAUGCUGCUGGUGGUAUUGAUGGUAAUGACGAUGAUUUGGGUGUUUUCAGAGGGGUAUUUAAAGGAUUUGUGAAAUCAAAAACUAGAGAGUGUUUAAUCAAACGACAAAUACAGUUUGAACAUCAUGUUCGAUGUCCUUACUGUAAGUCUCGUGUUUGGAGUAUGACAUUGGCUAAGCUUGUACCAACGAAGAGUGCUUUGAGAAAACUUGGGUCUGUUGAUGCUAGUAGGUUGGAGUAUUUUGUUUGUGUGCAUGGUCAUUUACAUGGGACGUGCUGGUUAACUAGAUUAUCGUCUGAUGAUGAUGAUGAUGAAGAUGAUGAUGAUGAGAACGACGAACCGGUGGGAUCGAGUAGUACUGGAAAAACAAGUUCAAGUGGUGAGGAAGUUUUUGAAACAUUGAUUUGUUUAUGAACGAACAAUUUUCUCCUCUUUUUGUCCUUUUUUUUUAAAUGUUUUUGGUUUUUGUUUUUAAGUGUGUGGCGAGUAGUGAUAGGAUUUGUUGUUUUUGAAGUUUUUAAGGUUUAUGUGGCAUUCCAGAUGCUGCAUUUUUAGUCUUCAAUUUUGGGUUCCUGAUAGUAUUCCAUGUAAGUUGUUCUCAUUUUGUAAGUUUUAGUUGUUAAUGAAAUUUUGGUUUCCUAA